CGAGCAUCCUCAUCUUUUUUCCCACCUCACACCACCGAAAAUCGGAUCGAGAGGAACUAGCUGACAGACUUCUGGGCUUUUGGAUUUGUGACAGACGCCUUAUUCAUCGCUCUGGUUGUUGCAUCGCCUCGUGGGUACCAACAAAUUGCUGCCCAGCGGAUGUCGUGUCUGAGGAUGAUUUGAAGGGGCCGAGUGGUUGGGAGACGAGGAUAAGGCGUGCCUGGUGAACAGCUUCAGCAAAUGUUGGCUGGUGGCUGCGGUGGUGCGGUGAUGUGGUGGCUGUCUGCGGGCGGCGGGUGGAGAGUGACGUCCAGGGCUUGGCUGCGAAAAGACGACGAUCGAAACUGCGCGAAGCUACUGGCCCGCCGUUGGCUGGAGGCUGUGGGCUGCUGUUGGCUGCUGUUGCCCUGCGAAAGGUCCCUUGGGGGUGAAAUUUUUGGUCUGAUUUGUAUCUCUCCUCCACGGUCAUUGCUGUCGCGGUCUUCUGCCUGCGCUGAAUCUUUGGUUGAAAGACUUAGACUCAUCACCAUCCCUCUUGUUUGCUACGUCCACACCCGUUUCGUCUUCACCAUUUCACUUCCUCCUUCAAAAUUCCCUAUCACACCACCGCAACACAACCAACCCCGCGAGAUACUUUUUUUUCCGGCUUGACUUGGAGCGCCAUUGACAAUGAGCGUCGUCGGCGUUGACUUUGGUGCCCAGAGCACCAAGAUUGGUGUCGCGCGCAACAAGGGUAUCGACAUUAUCACAAAUGAGACGUCGAACCGAUCUACACCAUCCUUGGUUGGCUUUGGACCGAAAAGCCGAUACCUGGGUGAAGCCGCAAAGACCCAGGAGAUCUCGAACCUCAAGAACACCAUCUCCUCGCUGAAACGCCUCGCCGGCCGAACCAUAAAUGACCCCGAAAUCGCCAUCGAGCAGCAGUACAUUACUGCACCUCUGGUGGACGUCAAUGGCCAGGUGGGCGCCGAAGUCACAUACCGCGGGGAGAAGCAAAAGUUUACCGCCGUCCAAUUGAUUGCCAUGUAUCUGGGGAAGAUCAGGGACACGGCCAGCAAGGAACUGAAACUCCCCGUCUCGGACGUGGUCAUCAGCUGCCCGCCCUGGUUCACGGACGCCCAGCGAAGAGCAAUGCUCGAUGCCGCCGAGAUUGCCAACCUGAAACUCCUGCGGCUCAUCAAUGACAACACGGCCAUCGCCCUGGGCUACGGCAUCACAAAAUCCGAUCUUCCCGACGCUGAGGCUAAGCCACGUCGGGUGUGCUUUGUGGACAUUGGGUACAGCGACUACACCUGCUCCAUUGUCGAAUUCCGCAAGGGUGAAUUGGCCGUAAAGGCCACCACCUUUGACCGGCAUUUCGGUGGACGCAAUAUCGACAAGGCUCUCGUCGACCAUUUCGCCGCGGAAUUCAAAGAGAAGUUCAAGCUCGACAUCACCACCAAUCCAAAGGCCAUAACCCGUGUCGCCGCGGCUGCCGAAAAGCUGAAAAAGAUCCUUUCCGCCAAUGCCUCGGCUCCGCUCAGCAUUGAGUCUUUGAUGGAUGACAAGGAUGUCCGAGCCAUGCUGAAGCGUGACGAAUUGGAGGAGCUGAUCAAGCCUCUUCUCGAUCGAGUCACCGGUCCGCUUGAACAAGCCCUCGCCGAAGCCAAAGUGAAGAUUGAAGACAUCGACGCCAUUGAGAUGGUGGGCGGGUGCACUCGCGUGCCAGCCAUCAAGGACCGAAUCAGCAAGUUCUUUGGCAAGACUCUCUCGUUCACCCUCAACCAGGACGAAGCUGUCGCUCGGGGUUGCGCAUUCAGCUGCGCUAUUCUCUCUCCGGUUUUCCGAGUUCGAGAUUUCUCGGUCCACGACAUCGUCACCUAUCCAAUCGAGUUUACCUGGGAGCAAUCACCCGAUAUUCCCGACGAGGAUACCAGCUUGACCGUCUUUAACAAGGGCAACGUCAUGCCCUCCACCAAGAUCCUCACCUUCUACCGGAAACAGCCCUUCGACCUCGAGGCACGGUACGCCAAGCCGGAUCUGCUCCCCGGCAAGAUCAACCCCUGGAUUGGACGCUUCUCAGUCAAGGGAGUCAAGGCCGACGAAAAGGACGAUUUCAUGGUUUGCAAACUCAAGGCGCGGCUGAAUCUGCACGGCAUCCUGAACCUCGAGAGCGGCUACUACGUGGAGGAUGUUGAAGUGGAGGAGCCGGAGCAAGAAGCGAAGAAAGACGGCGACGCCAUGGAGACGGACCAACCUAACGGCUCCGCCGAACCCGCCAAGCCCAAGAUGCGCAAGGUCAAGAAGCAAGUGCGCAAAGGCGAGCUGCAGCUGGUUUCCGGCACUUCGUCGAUGGACGAGGCCGCCAAGACCCAGAUGGGCGAGCUGGAAAAUGCCAUGUACAUGGAAGACAAGCUCGUGACCGACACCGAAGACAAGAAGAACGAGCUUGAGGCGUUCAUCUAUGAGCUCCGGGGCAAGAUCGAAGAACAAUACGCAGACUACGCCAGCCAGGAAGAGAAGGACAAGAUCCGAGACAAGCUGGAGAAGUCUGAGGAUUGGCUGUACGAUGAAGGCUACGACGCCACGAAGGCACAGUACGUGGCUAAGAUGGACGAGAUCCGAUUCGUUGCGGGUCCGGUGAUCCAGCGAUACCAGGACAAGCUCGAAGAGGAGCGACAAGCCCUGCUCAAAGUGCAAGAAGAGGAAGCGGCUAAAAAGAGAGCAGAGGCCGAAGCCAAGAAGAAGGCGGAGGAGGAGGCCAAGAAAGGGGCGGACGGCCAGUCGUCCGAGGAGCCCAAAGAUACCGAGAUGAAGGAUGCCCCGGACGGCGAGGCCAUCAAGCCUGACAGCGUGGAGGAGAAGUAGAAUCUCGGAGCAAUUCUGACUUGGGCGGAUCAUGGCCUCGUCUUUGCACGCAACCUGGACUUGAGGUAAUCAUAGAUGGGUGCUCAUCCACGUCUCUCCGGGCACGGACAAACCGGCUUUUACGACGGGAUGGGUGGACGAAUGGAUGGACGUACGUGGAACGUGUCAUGCAUAGCGAAUGGAAAAAACGAUCGUCUUUCGGGCGUUGGGGGUGGAAAGAAUGUCUCAGGGCGAGUUCAAUACUAGAUAGCGUGUCAACUGGAGAUGCUUCUCGUUUUGCCAGAUGUCUUGUUGGUUUUGUGGGGAUGGGGAUGAGGAAGGGGUUUUCUCCAGCCUAGAAUGAAACACGGACGAUAGAUCAAUCACCAAUGAGAUACAUAUUGAAGAUCGAAAGAACA